CAAGUCUGAACCUGUGUUGCAGUUUAUAGUUUAUAGGCAAAACGUUUAUAGUUUUUGCGGUGUAGAAUCCGAAUUUCUUAGUGUGCCGGCUGAAUUUUACCGCAAGAGCAUUAUUAUUAACAAUUUAGAAGGUUAAAUGCCCUCUCGCAGCCAUUUUGGGUCAUACUCGAAAAAAGUUGGAACAAAAAAUACAGCAGGAUCCGUAAGAAAUCCAAGUAAACGAGGAAUAUUUCCUGGAAUGUCGUCAGGUGAUACGUACGAAUUCCAUGACUACCCUUUCAAUAAAACAUUGAACCCAUGAAUUUGGGAAUUUAUAUUCCAUGAUGAAUAGUAGUACGACGACUUGUCAAGUGAUUAAUAGUGUUGAUAAGGAAUCUAUGACUAUUGCCUCCAAAUGGACAGAUCAAGACCUCCAAAUUCUUAUUCUUCGUAAAGGAGUAGUGCCACUCAAAGGAGAGGUAUGUAUGAGAAAUCUGCUGGCGCCGGCGAAAGACUUUAACAGAACAGAAGAAGAAUAUUUAGACGAAAUAAAGAGAGAAUUGGGGGGAGAAGACGAAGGAGCUGAAUUUUCCGUGAGAGGUAGCACAUUUCAGUGGAAGAAAAAAGCGUGGAAACGUGGACUAAUAGAAUGUCAAGCUAUAAAUGAUAUUAUUGAGUUUUCCGGCUCAAUGAUGAAUGUCAUAACGUGCUGUUCAAAUAUGGAAAAGAGCACAUCAGAUUUGAGAGUGGAAAACAACGCGUUACGAAUUAAAUCGGAGGAAUUGGAGAGAACGUUGAAUCAUAUGAUAGAUUUAAAAAAUCAUAUGGAAGAAGAAUUGUACAAGAAAUUUAUCGUCUUGUUGAAUAGCAAGAAGAAGAAGAAUAAAGAAUUGAAGGCGAAAUUGGAGGGUCCUUCGGUCGUCUACGACCAAUCUACAGAUGAGAGUGAGACUGAAUGUGAAAAUACUCACAAGUCUCAUUCGAUAUCGCGGGAUCUUGGAGAUUUACCCAUUAAACUAAAUCAACCUACGAGUUUAAAAAAGGAGAAGACAUGUGAAAGCAAUGGCCAACAGUCAGAAGCAUUCAAUGCAUCGAAUAAUGAUAGUGACGAAUCAUUCGUUCUCAAAUUUUCCCAAUCACCCUCUCAAGAAACAAACGACAAGAAAAUUUUUCGUGUCGAUAAAUCUGAUGACGAGUCUGGAGAGGAUUUAUUCUCCGAUUGAUAAUUUCAAAAUUUCACGCAAUAUGUGCAAUUUAUUUUCUUUUUUUUUCGCUCCAUACCAAAUUUAUGUAGUUUAACGACUCAAGUGAUUCCAAUAUUCAUAAUUGAUUUAUAUGAAGUUGAAUGGGAGUUUUGGUAGGUCUACUGUUAGGUAUGUAAUUGAAGAAGAAAGUCAAUAAA